UCCAGACCUGCGGCACCAUGGUGGCCCCCCUACCCCUGCUGACUCUGCUCCUCCUGGGGACCCAGGUCCAGCAUGGCUCCCAGUGGACCUACUCAGAGGGGGCACUGGACCAAGCACAGUGGCGGAAGGAGUACCCCAGCUGCGGGGGGAAGAGACAGUCACCCAUCAACCUGCAGAGGAGGAAGGUUCAGUACAACCCCUUCCUGAAGGCUCUGAACCUGACAGGCUACGAGUACCAGGCAGGCGAGUUCCCCAUGACCAACAACGGCCACACAGUGCAGAUCAGCCUACCCCCCACCAUGCGCAUGGCGGCCGCCGACGGCACCGAGUACAUAGCCAAGCAGAUGCACUUCCACUGGGGUGGCGAGUCCUUGGAGGUCAGCGGCUCCGAGCACACCGUCGACGGGAUCAGAUUUGUGGCUGAGAUUCAUAUCGUUCACUACAAUUCUAAAUACAAGAGCUACAGUGUAGCCCAGAGCGCACCAGAUGGCUUAGCAGUGCUUGCGGCCCUCAUUAAGGUCGAGGAUUACGGUGAAAACACGUACUACAGCAGCUUCAUUUCCCAGCUGGACAGCAUCAGGCAUCCAGGACAGAGCACAGUUCUGAGCGGCCUUGACAUUCGGGACAUGCUCCCAGACAACGUGCAUGACUACUACAGCUACAAAGGAUCACUCACCACCCCUCCCUGUACCGAGAACGUCAACUGGUUUGUGCUGGCAAAUCCCAUCAAGUUCUCCAGGGCACAGAGUUGGAAGCUAGAGAAUUCCAUGAUGGAUCACCAGAACAAUCCCCUCCACAACAUCUACCGCAUGACCCAGCCCCUGAACAACAGAGUGGUGGAAGCCAACUUCAUGAAUCUCCCUAACGAGCGUUCUGAGUUCCAGCUUUACCUAACCAAGUUCAACGAUAAGCUUGAAAGCUUGAAGAAACUUCUGGAAAAGAAGUAAGGGAAGGAAAUCCACCAAGGGUAGGGAGCUUGAAACGUAUGGUACUCAGGACGAGGCAGCCGUCCCUUGAGCCCACACCCUGCCGCGGCUCCGAGAAACUCUAUGUCCGGAUUGUAUGCUCCCCGAGGCGCCUGUUGGGUUUCUGAGUAAGAUGGGGAACCGUCAUCCCCGAGCAGAAGGGAAGCGGGUGAGUUAGAGGACAUCCCGGGGGACUGACUGGAAAAGAGAUGUGAAGGACACGGAGCCCUAACGAUCUUCCCAUCAAAUCAUGCAUGUUGGUCUG